CCUAAAUUCUACGCUAGUUUAGUGUUUUGACUUCAUUCUUGAGAACCGAAUCUUAAUAGAUUCUCAUUGUACCUGAAACACUUAAACAAACGUCAAGCUCUUAUAUUGUUUGUUAACAUCAAAACAUGAGACUUAGCAAACCAAGGCUAACAAGUAGGAGGGUAUUUAAUGCAUUAGUUGAGUUUCGAUUUAUGAGACGGUAUUUAUACCACUUCACCUUGCACGCUCUAAGCACUUCAUUUGCACGGUCUAAAGUGUAAGGAUGUCCAAAACAACACAAAGUGUGAUAUGGAAUUCUCUUGACAAAAUUGAUAACAGUCGCACGACAUGGAUCCUAAAGUUGCGGGCUAUACACGUUUACCACGUUCUGGCUUGGGCGAAGGGAGACGAUUCCAUGGAAGUCAUCUUCCAUGAUGAACAUGGUACAAGGAUUCAUGCUCAUCUUAAAAGACCCGAAAAGAAGAAAUUUGAAAACCAAAUUGUGGAAGAUGGUGUCUUUGCGAUUCGAAAUGUUUUUGUUCAUGGCAAUUACCAAUUAUGCAAGACAACCUCUCACAAAUCUUUGUUGGUGUUUUACACCAAGAUAGAAGUGAAAACUUUGAGCGAAAGAGAUUUUCCCAAAAUGAACUUGCCCAUGCAAGUUGAUGAUGCAAGUGCUUCCACCACUUUGAUGUUACUUGGGGAGAAUGAAGAUGAUGUUGGUCCUGUGAAAAUCACCCCGCUAAAGACUCUUCUUGACACAAAAAAGCCUGGAGCUUACUAUAUUUUGCCAAGAUUUCUUCUAUUGAGAAUACACCGGAUUGGUGUUAUUUGGGGUGCACUGACUGCAAUAAGAAGGUUAUACCAGACCAUUCUCAGUUCAAAUGUUCCGGAUGUGAUCUCAUGAUGGCCCAUGGAGUGUACAAGUACGUUAUAUUUUAAAAAUUCAAUUCCAAAAAAAAAUUAAACUUUAAACAUAAUUUUUCUCGAUCUAACGCAUGUUUUAACUAUAAUGAACAUGUAUAAGGUGAAUGUUCAUGUCUUUGACGCCACUGGCCACACCUCUUUCAUUCUUUGGAAUAGGGAGUGCAAUGAAAUUUUAGGUGCAAGUGCAUUCCUCUUUAGAGAGCUUAUGCUUGAGGUUUGUAGAACCGAAUAUGAAUUCAUUUUCUUAUGUAAUUGCUUACUUGGUAGUCUUUUCAACUGAUUCAUUAUCAUUUCUUGCCUAGCAGAGAAAAAUGGACCCUAAUUUGUUCCCCACGGAGUUGAAUCAUUUAAUCGGCCAGAAAGGUUUGUUCAAUGUUGUCUUGAAGUCCGAAGGUGGGAGUCCACACUGAAUGGGCCCUAGGAGUUUUGGUGUUCGAUCUUUCGUUACGGAUUCAAAAAUUCUCAAGAAAUAUGAACAUUUGGUCGAAAAUGUUAUUGAAGAAACUGUUGAAGAUGGGGUGAUGAUUUGUGGAAUUCCCUAGAGGACCUAAGCCAGAAAGUUGGAGAAGUGGUCUCUAAUUCUAUUUUCAAUAUAUUAACAUGAGAAUAAACGCAAGUCAAUUUCUUUACUUAAUAUUCUCUUUUUUAUCGUAGAUCGGUUCAAAUAACCCAAGUUCAGGCCAAACUGAGGCCACUUCCCACCGGAAGAUCGACGCAAUUGAGAGCGGGGAUCCGAUCAAGCGGCAACACCUUGAUAAGUUAUCGACCACAAGGUCAAGAGGGAGGCUUUGAAAAAGUGAUUGUAUAAGAGCGAUGGAAACAAAUGAAGCAACGUAAUGGAUGAAGGGCCCUAUGUUUUUGAAUUGUUGGUGUAUGACUCAUUGAUAAGAUAGAGGAAUUAAUUACAUAUACUUUUUAAUAAACCAAGAAAUCUUUUAAAAUCUUCAAUGAAUCUUGACAUUUAAUACAUGUCAUAUUUAUUGGCUCAAUACAAAUACACACUCUUCAAGGAGUAAUACAGUUGUGGCUUUGCAAAGUUUUUAGCAUUUUAACAUUUCAAAAGAGUCACCCUUUUUAAUACCAAAAAGUAUACAUUCACCUCCCACGGUUGAAUGUAUUUUAGAGUAUCAAGAAAUGUUUUAGUCUUUCAUGGAAUUACAUGUAUUAUAUGCUCUAAACUGGAAUUGAGAAGUAUGUGGCAUUAAUGACAUUAACUUUUUAAUAAACCAAAAAUCUUUUGAAAUCUUCAAUGAUCUUUGCAUUUAAUCCGACCUUAUCAUUUAAAACAUGUCAUAUUUAUUGGCUAAAUAAAAUACACACUACUCGAGGAUAAUAUACGGUUCUGGCGUUUAUAGGCUCAAUAAGAAUACGCACUAUCUGUGCAUUAAAUGCAUUAAAUUUUCGUGUUUCAAUGGUGUGGAAUUUAUAACAUUUACUUUUUAAUAAACCAAGAAAUCUUUUGAAAUCUU